AUGACCCACGAAAAGCCUAUAAAUGUGUGGGAUGAGUACCUGCCUGACGUUCAACUUGGAAUCAAUACCACUGUUCAUGCCAUUACGAAAAAGUCUCCAACAAAGCUUUUAUUUGGCCAUAGAAUUACAAAUCCUUCCGAAGGGAUCCUUAAUGACAUCAUCAAGGACGUUAAUGAAAAUGAGGUUGCCCCUAACUUAAACACCAUCAGACAGGGUGCAAAGCUUCUUAUAGAUAAGCAGCAACAUAAAUAUAAAGAACGAUCCGAAACUCGCGUGAAAAAUAACAUAGCCCUUAAGGUAGGCGAUCUUGUGUUUUGA